UCUAUAUUCCAGUUAGUAAUAAAUACUUAAUCACAAAGCAAGCUCAAAUUUCCACCACAAAGGCUUUACCUUCUCUCUUUCAAUUUCCAACCUGUUUUUACAGCAGAAUGAGUUUGACAUCCAGGAUGCAUCCUUCAAAGUUAUUUUAGGCUUCUGUCGGCUUCCUCCUCAUAUUGCCUUUUUGUUGAGUCUGGGGCUUAGCAAUAAAUAAAGGUAUUGAAGAACAAAACAUUAUCGCAACGUCUUUAUUUGUUAAUGGGUGUUUAGACCCAGGAAAGCGAGGGUCAUCAGGGUGUCACGUGUCUACAACACUGACAAUGAAUAACGGACACCAGUCCGCAUUGAACAGGUCAGGACUUUUACACCCACCUAGAAAAUCAUUUACCCAACUUAGCACUGAUCUACCCGUUUAAGACAGACUUUCAGAGGGAUUCAGUCAGAGAAUUGUUGAACUCUUGAUGUCAUCGUAACACUUCCACAUAACAUUGGUGCAUCGCCCUCAUCAGCUCCGGGGUUUUGAUUGCUUCUGACAGAAAUGCAUCCCGUUAAGUGAGCUGACCUUAACUCACACAGGCCAUUGCGCUUAACCUAAUUCAACAUAAUUAUCAUUGGUUACAAUCGGAAAAUAUCAUCGUUUAAGGGUCCUGCACAGAAACAACAAGGUAAAACGCUGCCACAUCAUGACAGAAAAGGUCUUGGAGCUGUCCCUUUAAUAGAGUUCAUUGUUAAACAGGCCACAUACCGUGAAUGCUGUGGGACCUCCCUUUCCCAUGGGCCCCUGUUGCCCCCUUUUGUGUGUGUGUGUGUGUGUGUGUGUGUGUGUGUGUGUGUGUGUGUGUGUGUGUAACGCCCGGUAGAAGGGAAUAACCAGUAGUCUCAAUGUCCUCUUGAUCUAUAACAACACAAGAUAACACAUUGCUCUUUUCUCUUUUUUCAAACGUAAGCUGUAGUAACUGUUGAGAGGGGACAUCAGCUAGCUAUGGCUUUUCGCCUGUAUGAAGGAAAGGAACACGCUAGAUCCUACUGGAAGUACAGGAUCGCUCCAACAGAUCUUCUAAUACAACAAGUGCUUAACUUCCUGGAAAAGCAGAUGGGUCGUCCCUUUGAGCGGGCAGCGGAUGUCGGCUGUGGCUCAGGACAAGGCACUGUGCUGCUGGCCGAACACUUUGCCUCCGUGCUGGGGACAGACGUUAGUCCGGCCCAGCUGGAAAUGGCUUUGCAGCAUUCCAAAAAGCCAAACAUCACUUAUAGAGAGUGUGCGGCCGAGCAGCUGCCGUGCGCUGACAGCUCGCUGGACUUGGUGACAGCCAUGUCCGCCUUCCACUGGUUCGACCGACCUCGCUUUCUCCAGGAGGCCCACAGAGUCCUGAAGCCCCGCGGAUGCUUGGCUCUGCUCAACUACACCAUUGACAUGCAGCUCGGCUACCCAGGGUGCUGCUCACACACACUCAACCAAGUCUGCAAAGAGGCAGGAGUGUGUGUGGGUGGAACGGCCCAUGCCUCUGUCCAGCUACAUGGGGUUGGUGGAGUCUUUCUCCAGCUAUCAGGCGCUUCUGAGAGAAGACCCGCAGAAAGCCACUGCCCUCUCUCAAGACAUCAGUCAGAGGUUGAUGUCCAUAAUGAGGGUGACCUCAGUGGAGACAGAGGUGCUUGUGGCGGUGAAGUAUUUUUACCUGCUGGCCUGCAAACCGCAGGAAGCCUGACUCCUCACAGCCCUUUCUACAAAGUCAUGAAGAACCUUGCUCCACCUCCCAGUCUGGUCAACCUUUGGUCUGGAAGUUUUCUCCUUAACAUCUUUUUUAAAAGCAAACAAGAUUAAGUGAUAUGCAGAUGAUCAUUGUGUGAAGCCUUCUUAUGCAUUAGCUGAACUUGAUUUUUUUUCAUUAUUAACAUAGUGUGCAAGUUGGUAGCUUUUACAGUAAUAGCUCACUAACUCCCAACAAAGUAUGAGGUUGUACCACUAGAGGGAGACAUGUGAUUGAAAGUGACAGAAGACACUGCUAACUGCACACCUUCUCGUUCAAUGGUUCAUCUUUAUUUUCUUUGAAGACCUCAAAACUAUGAAGGAACUGAUAUGGAACAAAAAAAUGCUCAACAAACCAGAAUAUGUUUCUAUACUAUUCUUCAAAGUAGCCAUCUUUAGCUUUAAAGACAGCUUUGCACACUUUUCUUCAAUCAGCUUCAGGAUUUGUGGGAUUCUUAAUGUGUUUGAAGUCCGUUGUGUUGUGCAGAGGUUCUAUACAGUGAAAGGGCCUAUUUCACUACGGAUGUAUCCAUAAUAUGGAUUAGAACGGUUUAGAACCGUCCAUCAUUAUUUUGAGACAAGAAGGUCAGUCAAUCCAGUAAAAUAUCAAUAACUAAUAUUUUGAGAUGAGGGAAGCUGAAGUUUAGCAAUGUCAACUCAUUUCCCCUCUACACGCAAAAGCUCCAAAAAGAGCACGACCCUAUCGAGUGCAUCCGAGCCUCCUUCUUGAUUUGUUAUUCCAGCUGUUCCUUCUAGUAGAACGUUCCUUUUUGAUCAAUAUCAAACAUUUUGGAGUUAUUAUUAGAAAGCCUUUCCAUCCUAUGAAAUCAAAUGUCUUCUCCCAACACGCUCAGCUUUAAGUGAAAUGUGUUGGUAUCUUUAAAUAUAUCAGUUCCCUUCCUUCUAUAAUACAGGGCAUCACGGUCAGCCACAGACCUUGUAUUUUAUACACGAGCACGCCGUAGUCCACCCCACAGGACUGUAAAAACAAAAGCGCUUUCAAACACACUGUUUGAAUAUACAAAUAUGAGUUACGACUCAUUUGCAUGUUCCUUUGCCUUAGGCACGAGGUACGUCUUUCCUCACCCUCCCAUAUUCAAAUGAAGGUGUCUUGGUGUGCAUGUGUGAGUCGAGGAGAAAGAGAGAGAAAUGGCCUCUUUACGUCAACGAUAGCCGACAGAUUUCGAUCUGAUGUCCCGCCCCCUCGGUGUGCCACUACGACACACAAAGCUUUCAGGUAACAUAAAAUCAUCCACGUUAUUAUUACACACUGCAAAGAAAGUGCUUCAGGAGUGUGAUGACCAGGUGUGAAGUUCAGUGCCCAGUGGACAGAAGGGUAAGAAGACCACAGGACAUUUAAACCAGCAGAUGGGUGUUCAAGGCCGGCUGGCGUGUUUCAUGUUUUUUGCGAUGUUUUUUCCGUGCUUGUGUUACACGAGUCCUUACUUCAUUUAAGCCCAACCACAAUGUUUUUCCUCACGAGUGUUUGUCAGACCGACUUCAGAGCGGUUCUUCCUAACGGGGAGCGUGUCUGCUGCACAGAUGUUCCCCUCCCUCUGGAUUAAUACUGAAACAAAAACCCUCCUUCAAUACUCUGGAUGUAUUCAAAUGAAAGACAUCUGUUAUUUAAACCAUUUACCCACAAACUAACUGAUAUGGUAAAAGAGUGUUUUUGCAUUAACAAUGUUAGUUUCUAUAAAAUGUUUCCACUUUUUAAAAUGUAUUGUGUCCCAUGACAAUAGGCACCAAGAGGUGCAAAAGAGGGGACAUUACUCCCAUGAUUCAAUACGUGACUCAUGUGUGCUAUAAGCUUUGUUGAGCCUGUGACUCUUUUUACUUGCACAAACCACACACAGAGGUCCACAUGCCGGGGGACAGUACCACAAUGUGUUGCCACCAACCUUUUUUUCCGUGUCACUGCUGAUUUGCUAACAAGUGACACACUGUUUCUCUGAGUCCCUGCUGGCAGAUUAGAUGUACUGGUGAUGUCCUACGACCGUCGUCAGUAGUACGGGUGUAGGUGUCCUUCCCUGACAUUACAAAUUGCCGCUGGGUAGAUGUUGAGAGGGAAGUUACCAUACACGGAGCCACCUGCCAAUCAGCAGCUAACAACAUUCACACCAUUCAGACGCUUUUGAGGCAUUGUAUAGAUCUAUAACCAAAAACAGAGUGGUGUGCCCGUGCUGGCGAGUUACCAAACACAUACGUUUUAUGAUUAGUUUAUAGCAGCAGCAGAAGUAAAGCAAGCAUGAUGCAUGAUAUAGGAUUACUAUUAUCAGGACAUGUGCAUUAGUCAUGUUGCUCCCGACUCAGUUUUCAUCCCUCAAACUGAGUAGACGCCAUUCACACGUGGGUCAUUUGGUCCAGCAAUACAGCCUUGGUUUUCAGCAGCGUGGCGUCAUUGUUGGCCCUCCACCUCCACCUGCAUCUCCAGCUUCAAGUCGAAGUGAGGCAGCAAAGCUGGGUCCGGGUUUGACUGAGGCCCUGCUGGAGUCUGAAGGAGUUUCUGAUAAACCCAAAUGAUAACAUUGGAUUUUUAGCUGAAUCCAACUCGGUGGCAUUAAGUUAAGCAUUGCUUUGUUCCACAAUGCUUUGUUAAGCAUUAACAAAAAUAGCUAAACCCCCUGCUGUUGGUUUUAAUAUACUUUGCUUAGUCAUGGGCGUGAGGGUAGAUAAGUUUAUUGCCCCUCGGGACGAGCUGGACCCUGGAUUGUUCACAACAUGCAGUGCAGGAGACAAAUCCUAACACUUUUGCUUCCGGUGUGCCAACAGCAGAUGUCCUUUUGAGUUGAGCUGAACAUUUACUAAGUCACUGAUCUGCAGACAUCAAAGUUGGAAGCUAAAUUAGAGGUCACACCUGAAGGUCGGAUUUGUGUGGGCUACGUGGUGGUGGGAUGAAAGGAGGAGGGGCGCAUCGAUCUGGCACUCAUGAGAUUAUAUUCCUGUGUGUUUUCGUAUUAUUUCACUUUAGUGCUGUUGUGCUAUGAAUUAAAGAUUAACUUGAGAAAAUAA